GCUCAGAUUAGAAGGAAACACAGAGAAUAUGGACUAUGAUGGUUUUUGAAGCAAAACAGCAUUCCUGGAGCGCUUGUAGAGUUUCUGUUGGGUUCUCUGAUCUCGGCACAGAACCGACGGGUCGGAGAGAAACUCCCCCUGAAUUCCUCAACAUGAAGAUGACUGACAGGACAUGCUGUCACUCUGUCGUCAUGACGAUGGUCUCUUUCAUCUGGCUCCUCCCACUCAUCGCUGCCACGCCCUUCCCCAGGGAUCUGCAGCCAAUCAGUGUGGUCGGACUGGAAGACUCACUCCUGUAUCCCAGUUUCCAGGGUCUGAUGUCAAACAAUAACUCGGAGCGUCUCGGGCUGGACUAUCAGCGGAUGAUCCGGAUCCAGCAGAUGCUCUACAUCGCCGCCAGAGACCAUGUAUUUGUUGUGAAUCUCACUGCGUCAGUGGAUAGAAUCAUCCCACAACAGAUCCUGACGUGGAGAUCCACAGACGUGUCCAAGUGCACCGUGAGAGGCAGAAACAGUGAUGAAUGUUAUAAUUAUAUCAAAGUUCUUGUGCCUCGUAACGACGAGACUCUGUUUGCCUGUGGAACCAACGCGCUGAACCCCUCCUGCCGGAACUACAGAUUGAGUUCGCUGGAGCAGGUCGGGCAGGAUCUGUUGGGUCAGGCCCGAUGUCCAUUUGAGUCUCGCCAGUCCAAUGUCGGAGUGUUUGCAGGCGGUCAUUUCUAUUCGGCCACAGUGACGGACUUCCAGGCGAGUGAUGCUGUGAUCUACAGGAGUUUAGGAGGAGAGGGCCGGCCCGUCCUGCGCACCGUUAAAUACGACUCCAAAUGGCUCCGAGAGCCUCACUUCCUGCAUGCGGUAGAGUACGGGAACUAUGUGUAUUUCUUCUUCAGUGAGAUCGCAGUGGAGCACAGCGCUGCUGGGAAGGUGGUGUAUUCGCGCGUGGCUCGCGUGUGUAAGAACGACCGCGGCGGCUCCACGCGUGUGCUGGAUCGCUACUGGACGUCGUUCCUGAAGGCGCGGCUGAACUGCUCAGUUCCUGGAGAAACGUUCUUCUACUUCGACGUGCUUCAGUCGCUCACUAACGUGCUUCAGAUCAACCAGCGGCCCGCUGUGGUGGGAGUGUUCACCACACAGAUCAACAGCAUUCCCGGUUCAGCCGUCUGUGGGUUUUAUCUGGAUGACAUCGAGCGAGUGUUUAAUGGGAAGUUUAAAGAGCAGAAGAACAGUGACUCGAUGUGGACGCCAGUGCCGGAGGAGCACGUGCCCAAACCACGUCCGGGUUCGUGUGCAGGUGAAGGUUCGGCGUCCUCCUACUCGUCCUCUGUUCAGUUUCCAGACUCUGUGCUGUCGUUCAUUAAGACACACCCACUGAUGGACGAGUCUGUGCCGUCAGUCAACAGCCAACCACUGAUCACCAACACCGCCAGCAGGUAUAAACUGACUCAGAUAGUUGUGGAUACGGCCGCCGGGCCUCAUAAGAACCGCAGCGUUGUGUUUCUGGGCUCUGAGGACGGUCAGGUUUUGAAGGUUCUGACCAGCACUCAAGCCAACGGCUCGCACGGGUCCAGACUACUGGAGGAGCUCGACGUGUUCAAUCCCACGCAGUGUAGCGGUGAGCGCAGGGUUCUGGGUCUGGCGCUGGAUAAGGAGCAUCACGCUCUGUUCGUGGCGUUCUCCAGCUGCAUCAUCAGAGUUCCUCUCAGCCGCUGCGCUCGACACGACACCUGCAAGAGACGCUGUCUAUACACACAUGACCCAUACUGCAUCUGGCUGCGGACGGGCCGCUGUGCUGACAUGGCCCCGGGAUUUAAGGCCGGUUUUGAGCAGGACAUCGAUGGGGACCAAUCACAUUUAUUUGACACGUGCCCCGAUGUGAUGUCAGCCGCAGGAAGUGAUGUGAACUCAGCUGUGGAUUCAGCGUCUGGAGUGAAGCAGCUUCCUGACGCGGCGAGUGUGAGCGACGGCUUCCACUUCACUCUUCUGGGCGCGUGUGUGUUGGUGGCGUUCGUGCUGGGUGCGAUCGCGUCGGGUCUGCUGGUGUCGUGUUUCUGCAGUCAGAGAUCCCAGCGAGAACAAGAGCCCGAGGCGUCGCUUCCACACGCGCUCUCGCUCAACAGCCUCGCCAAACUCAACCGCCUGCUGGACGCCAAACCCGACAAGAACGACAUCACUUCCUCCCAGAUCUACAGCUCCGGCCCGCCCUGCCGGCAGCCGCCCGUCAAACCACACGCAACCGUGGAGGAAGAGCUGGUCUCGACGCUGCCCACCCCGGACUCCACCCCCGAGCUGCCAAUCAAGAACCUAAAGGCUCUGAACAGCAAAUGGGAGAGAAGCCACACCCACAACUCCACCCUGCAGGUGUUUCCAACCAAUCACACACCUUCAGAAAACCACAGGGACGACAUAUUCAAACACAUCCAGCAUCCAGAAGUGCGUGAUGUCACGGAUCCAGUGUCGUACAGCCUGACGUUACAGAUGCCCUCCUCGUACUACAGUUGCCUAAACGAGACGCCUGAAACCACAGCGCUUCAGCAGGUUCCACUGCAAGCGCUUCCCGAACGGCCACACGGCAACACCGUCCAAUCACAGCGCAAAGUCCUCAUCAAGAUGGGAAACGGGGUCACAACGGCCCGCCGGCACACUUUCAACCAGAAGUCGUCGCUCGCGGGCAACAUCUACGAGAUACACAGGCCGCUAGUCGCGGGCGGCUCGUGUCUGACGCGACAGCACAGCUACAGCGAGCCUCCUGUCCUCCAGCGCGCGGCUCUCGUCAGGCGCACCGCAUCGCUCAAACCACAGAUCCCCCCGAAACCUGUGAACAUACCCGCCAGAACACUGCACCUGCACACACGACCACUGACCUCUGACCCCCAAUGACCCCACAGUACAGCUAGAGGAGAGGUCAGAGGUUAAAGACUGAAAACUGAAUACUAGCAUACUGAUCACUGCGCGGUAUAGACUGCAUAUAGCGAACAUGAUCUCAUUAUAUUGCAUGUUUAAUUCAGCACGUGGCGUCUAAAUAU